AGUGCAGUAAGUUUUCGGUUGUUUUACUGGAAGGUAGCUAGACGGAGGCAACUAAUUUAAGAAAAAGAUGAAGGAUCUCGUAAAGAUAGCGCUGGUGCUAUCACUAAUAUAUUCAGUUUUUGGACAAAGCUGUGUUCCCGAAAAAGACAGGAUCGAUUGCUACCCAUUCGAUGGCGUAACAGAAAGUGCUUGUGUUGAAAAGGGAUGCAUUUAUUGCAGUUCAACCACGGCGCCAUCAUGCCACCUUCCACAAAAUUACGGCUAUAUUAGCGAUGGACAAAUUUUGCAAAUUCCUGGUGGAUACAGAGUCAAUUUACGACGAGCCACAAAUAUUUCUUACGUAGGCGGUGACGCUGACGAGAUAUCGAUUUUCUUCUACACCGAAUACAAUGAACGACUCAGAAUUAAGGUUACAGAUAACACCGAUCGCUUUGAAGUACCAUUGGACAUAAAUCCUCCAUUCAGCACAGUAUCUGGCGAUCCACUUUACAGACUCGAAUAUUCAAACGAUCCGGUUUUCUCGUUCAAAGUAAUUCGUGUAUCUAGUGGUGUUGCCGUAUUCGACACAUCUCUUGGAGGACUAACGUUCGCCGACCAAUUCAUACAAAUUGUUAAUAAGGUUCCUUCUACUAAUGGUUAUGGCAUAGGUGAAAAUGAACAACUCACAUACAGACAUGAUUUCAGUAAAUGGCAGGUCUUUGGUUUAUAUACGAGAGAUAAUACACCUGAAGGCAAUACUAACAUUUACGGUGCACAUCCGACGUACACCAUGGUCGAAAACGAUGGAAAUACACACACUGUACUAUUUCUGAACAGCAAUGCUCAAGAGUUCAUUUUGACUCCGGCUCCUUCCUACACCUACAGAACUAUCGGAGGGUUGCUUGACAUUUACAUUUUUAUGGGACCCACACCCGAACAAGCAGUUGCACAAUAUCAUCAAGCCAUUGGACCACAGCCCAUUCCUGCUUAUUGGUCGUUGGGCUUUAAUCUUUGUCGUUGGAGUUAUAAUUCAGUUGCGAAUAUGAGAGCCACCAUAGACAGACUUGCAGCUGCAGGCAUUCCACAGGAUGUACAAUUUGGCGAUUUGGAUGUAAUGUACGACUGGCUUACUUUCACCUACGACGAAAACAACACUUACAACAGCUACUCAGACUUGCCUGCAUUUAUCCGCGAGUUGAAAGCAAGAGGAAUCCAUUUCAUUCAGAGUGUGAAUGCUCAGAUAUCUUCCGAAGAGAGAAGAUUACCUUCCUAUGAUCCGUUACGACUCGGAAAUGAAAUGGAUGUUUGGGUCAAACGUACGGAUGGAACUAUAUCUACUGGUACUCUUUGGCCAGGCGGUGAAGGAAGUGGAUGGACGAAGCAAGCUGGUCCAGGUUACGGAGGUCCCGUAUAUUUCGCUGACUUCUCGCGUCCUUCAACCAUAGAUUGGUGGUAUACACUUUGUAGAAAUUACAGAGAACAACUGGAAUGGGAUGGUCUUUGGCUGGAUAUGAACGAACCUGCUAGCUGGGUCGAUGGGGAUGUAAAUGGUUGUGCAGAUACAUUAAUAAAUCGACCUCCAUACACGCCAGGUAUUAGAAAUAACAUUUCGGACUUGACAAUAUGUCCGGAUCAUGUUCAAGACUAUGGAAAACUCUACGAUACUCACAGUCUGUAUGGUUGGAGCGAAGCUCGUGGCUCAUUUGAGGCCAUUCAGCGUAUCUUCGGAACAAAUCGUACUUUCCAACUCUCUCGAUCAACCUAUCCCGGAUCUGGGCGAUGGGCGGCACAUUGGUUGGGUGACAAUUUUUCAACAUGGAGCAAUUAUGGAGCUUCGUUGAUUGGUAUCAUGGGAUUCAAUCUGUUUGGUAUACCACAAUCUGGUGUCGAUAUCUGCGGAUUCUAUGGACGUCCCUCUGAGGAAUUAUGUACCAGAUGGUUGCAGGCGGGUGCUUUCUUCCCUUACUCUCGUAACCACAAUGUACGAUCGGAAUCCAGCCAAGAUCAAGAUCCAGGAAUUUGGUCAGAAUGGUCACGAAACUCUACACGAGAUGCCUUAAUGAUCCGGUACACAUUACUGCCUUACAUGUACCACCUAUUCUACAUCCAUCGAGUAAACGGAGGAACAGUAAUGCGUGGCCUUUGGCACGAGUUCCCGUCUGAUUAUAAUGCACUUAGAUGCGAUACACAAUUCUUAAUUGGACCAGCGUUCCUAGUAAAUCCCGUUAUGAUAGAAGGAGAUACAUUUGUCAACGCUUACUUCCCCAAAGCAAGAUGGUAUGCCUACCGUACCGGUGAAGAGCAAUCAUCUGGUCACGUUUAUCUAAAUGCCCCGAUCGACUUUAUCAAUUUGCACGUUCGCGGAGGAUAUGUACUUCCAACACAGGAACCUGCUUUAAAUACCAUGCUAUCGCGUAAGAAUCCAUUUGGGCUGAUUGUGGCUUUGGACGAGACAUUUGCAGCUAAGGGAGACAUGUACUAUGACGAUGGCAUCACUCAAGAGGUUCAACAAACGGGCGUCUUCUUCUUAUCGACCAUUACCUACAGUGACGGCAUACUAAAGCAAACGGUGAUCAAUAACCGUUAUGCGGAUAUAUCAACGCUGAACUUGGAAACCAUCCGCAUAUUUGGUGCUCCUGGCACAAUUAAUAAUAUUUUGGUGAAUGGUGUCGCUCAUACCGAUUACGAAAUUCUGGAUAGCAAUGAGAUUCAAGUGAAGAAUUUGAAAAUUCCGGUCAAUACCGAGUACACCGUUACAUUUACAUAUUCGAAUAGCAGUAGCCGCGCCCAUUCGCAGUUCGGAUAUAAUUUCGUUUUUUAUGUUUCGAUCUUGUAUGCUCUGAUCCGAUUUGUAAUGUAACUGUGAGUUGUGCGAAUUAAAUAAGAAUUUUAGGAAAAGUUU